GCGAAAAUAUCUGUGCUCUAGCGAGGAGAGAAAAGACUUAAAAGUCAUCUUAGAUGUGAAGACUCGUUGGAACAGCACGUUUUAUAUGGUAAAACGUUUCCUUGAACUGAAAGACGCUAUUCGUUCUACAAUGGGUUUGAUGAACGACCCCCCAGAGGCUCUUGAUGUGCCAGAAUGGGAAAGUGUCCAACAUCUUUGUGACGUUUUGAAACCUUUUGAAAAGGUGACUUGCGAGUUGAGUUCGGAAAAAUACUUGUCAGCAUCUAUGGCGCCUGUGUUAAUCGGCGGACUUCAAAAAAUCUGUGAAAAUCUGCUUAGUAAAAGUGUUAAUGAACAAGUACAAAAUGUGGUACUAGUACUACAACGUGAAUUGGGUAAUAGAUUUACAACUAUCGAUUCAAGAGAAGACAUUGCUCAAGCCGCUUUCCUUGACCCCCGAAUAAAAAAAUUGGGGCUCAAAUGUGAUGUCGCCAAAAAAAUUGAAAGUGAUAUUAUCUGUGAGUUAUCGGUAGUUGCACAAACUACCCAUAAUCUUGUUGAGGAUGUGGAAGAGGAUGAUGAAGAGAUAGACGAAUCAUCGGUUUGGUUCGAGUUUGAGAGUAAAGACUCUCGAACUUCAUCAGCUCCCGCAGCAGACGCGGCGAUCGACAAAGCUGCGGCAGAAGUGAAAAGAUACCUGCAAGAGCCCAUUCUUUCCAGGAAAUCUGAUCCACUGGAGUGGUGGGAAAAGAAUAAAAAUGUAUUUCCUAAUUUGUAUGAAUUAUCACGGAAAAAAUUAGGCCUUGUGGCUACUUCAGUGCCAUGCGAAAGGGUGUUCUCUAAAGCUGGAUUAAUACUGAAUGAUCGGCGAAACCGUUUGAGUGGACAAAAGUUGAAACAACUAAUUUUCUUACAUUACAAUUAUAAUAUUUAAUCAUUUGUUGACCUUCUUAAAAUUCCAACCUAAGUUCAGCUUAAAAU